AUGUCAAUUAAAAACCUGUCCACCUCACCCCUGGAUGGUGACGUCCUAACAAGCCUCCGCCAGGCCAUCGCCGAAUUUCUUCAGCGUUGUGGCUUGCAAUAUAUGGACAUUGCGAUUGACGAAGCGUGGUACUCUGAAUGCUGCCAGGAGGCCAUCAACCGCGGCUUUCCGAUGGACGGGAAGUAUUCCAUCCUCCCGUACAUGGCCGUUGGCGUGGCUAUAAUGUCUAACGCUUAUGACCAUCUCCCUGACCGUGCAACGAAGAUGUGGAUCUGCCUCUUCACUUCCGUCAGCACCUGCAUCGACGACAUGAUGGACAGGGGAGAAGAUCUGGUGCAUGUGUACCGUUUCAACGAGCGGUUCGCGAGCUGCCAGCCACAGGGCGAUCCAGUCCUGAAUGCGCUCGAUGAACUCUUGCGGGAGGCCGCUCGCCAUUAUUCCCCCCCGGUGUCAAAUUUGGUUGUCGCGUCUUCGCUCAACUUCAUGUCCUCCAUUUUACUUGACAAUGAGACCAAGGAUAUGCAGAUCUCACCAGAGACUCCCUUGUACCCCGAAUAUUCUAGGCUGCUCUCAGGCUUGGCGGAUGCAUAUGGAUUCUUCAUUUUCCCUUCCACGCUCCCCCUUCGGGAAUACAUUCAAUGUAUGCCGGAUCUAACCACUGCCAUAAACCACACAAACGAUAUAUUGUCAUACUAUAAAGAAGAAAUUGAAGGUGACACCGCAAACUACUUGUCACUCAUGGCGGCCUCUCGUUCUCUCACUAAACAAGACGUUCUGCAUGAAGUCAUCGAGAAAACUGUGAAAGCGCAUCACAAUGUCCUCGAAUUCCUGAGACUGCGUACUGACGCCUAUGACGCUUACAUCAAAUUUUUUGAUGGGUAUGUCAAAUUCCAUGCUGCGUUGAGAAGGUACAAGCUGGAGGAGAUCAUGUCGGAGAGGUCAUCUUUUUGA